AUGUUUGCAUCUUAUUUCCUAAAUCGUCUACUUGACGUUUUCGAAGUGAUUAUCAAUGAAAGCUUCUGGGCCAACUUGUUGGGCGAAAGAACCCUGCUUAUUCUCAAACGUUAUGCAGGCAACGAUACUGUUCUGGUGUGCGUCUUUCUGUCACUUAUCCCCGCCAUCUCUCAAGCAACCAAGGCAUUUUACGACUACUGCAAACAAAUCAAGGAAGAGAUGUUCUAUGUGUCUGUUGUGAUUGGAGACGACGAGCUCAUCUUUACUCCUGUGGAUGAAUAUGUCACCAAGCAUUUCGAGGGUAUUGACACACUGCGACAUGUGCGAGGAAAGACGGGCUAUGCAAAUCCAGCAGAUCAGAUGCAAAAGAACACCCAUUACUCGUACUACAGAAGGUCCCUGCAAACUGAUCAAGAUAGCAAGCCCAUCAUUGACCUGAUUCCGAAAAAGUAUCGUGAAUUUGCCAUCAAACAUAAAGGGCAUCUCAUCUAUGUGAAUCGCAAGGAUGAAGCGCCAUCCAGUGAUAGUGUCAGAAGCCCUUUUUUGAGUAUGGGUAAUAUGAGAACGGAUACUAUUGAGAUCAAGAUGCGAUCACGAGAUUUGCCUAAAUUGAGAUCAUUCAUACAAGACUGGGUUGAUGAAUAUUACAAUGCUAGAAAGAACAAGCUCAUUAUCUACAAGUGCAACUUUAAUCAUCAUGGAUGGGAUGAUGAUAAUCAAUGGAGGGAACAUGGAUAUAGAAAAAUUCGAUCUUUCAAUUCAGUUGUAUUAAAGAAGGGAGAGAAAGAGAGGAUUUUGAAUGACAUCCUCACAUUUAAAGAUUCCAAGGAAUGGUACAAUGAUCGUGGUAUUCCCUAUCGAAGAGGUUACUUGCUGUAUGGACCACCAGGCACAGGCAAGACAUCCUUCAUUCAAUCAUUAGCAAGUAAAGUCAAGAUGAAUGUGGCUAUAUUGAAUCUCUCUGCCGCUUCAGAUGAUGAAAGUUUAUCAUCUGCAAUGGCCCAAUUGCCCAAGAGUUGUAUCUUGGUGAUUGAGGAUGUGGACCAUUACCAGUUUGAUGAGGGACUACAAGGGAAGAAGGAUGACAACAAGAUGAACAAAAAGAAAAAUUCCGUGUCAGUAUCAGGCAUUCUCAACGCGCUGGAUGGUAUAGCUAGUCUAGAAGAGUCGAUUAUUUUCAUGACUUGCAACGACAUGAACACAAUUCCACCUGCACUUAUUCGACCUGGACGAAUUGACUUGAAGCUUCAUAUGGGUUAUGUUGACGACUAUCAGGCCAAGCUCAUCUUUUGGAGAUUCUUUUGCAUGGAGGAGAAAGAAACAGCACUGGAAGAUUUGCCGACCGAAAAAUACCCAAUGCUUUCUGUCACUGUGAAUGAGCUUCUUCAGCGUAUGAGAGAUACGGCACAUCAAGUCUCAAAGGAGAGAAACAUCCCACUUGACAUCAGCCCUGCAGAGUUGAUUAGUUAUCUGUUGUUUCAUGCGCUCAAAUUUAGGCUUUCUAAACAGCCUCAACACCUGGAUCUUUGUUGCCAAUCCAUCUUGGACCACAUUCCUGAAUUCAUUGAUUCUGUAGCAACAGAUAGAAAGCAAGCUAUAGAGCAUGCAAAGAAGAAGGCACAGCUCCAUGAACAAGAACAACAGCAAAAGGCAGCCACUGCCAAUACCACGACGAGUGAAGGAAAGAUACCUACACCUCCCACCUCGCCUUCAGUGGAAAAGAAGACGUUUGCUAAUACCAAUGAUGAGGGUGGUAGUGACGAUAAGCAGCAAUCACAAGUUACAAGCAACUAA